GGUUUCAUUUUUGCCCAGAAGGGAACGGAAGGAAACAGCAGUGCUCGCCUCGUUGAACGCAAUCCCCACUCGUCCGUACUCGCAACGCACGUUUGCAGCCUCCAAAAGCUUGCCAGCCAAGAGCCCACCAUUAGUAGAACAUGAGCAGUGCUGAACCACAGACGAAGAAAACGAAAAUGGCUUCGAGUUUGGAACAACUGAAACAGCUUACGACGAUCGUGGCCGAUACUGGCGAUUUCGAAGCUAUGAAAACGUACAAGCCCACCGAUGCUACGACGAAUCCUUCGCUAAUUUUGUCGGCCGCCGGUAUGGAUCAAUAUCAACACCUGAUUGACAAGGCCAUCAAGCAUGGACAGAAAGCGGGAACCAACUUGGAGGAAAAGGUGUCUGAGGCGGCCGAUAUGUUGUUCGUGUUGUUCGGUUGCGAAAUUUUAAAACUUGUGCCAGGUCGCGUUUCGACCGAAAUUGACGCACGGCUGUCGUUCAACAAGGAAGCUUCGAUCGCGAAGGCGCUCAAGCUGAUCGCGUUAUAUGAGGAGUUGGGUGUACAGCGUGACCGCGUACUGAUCAAGCUGGCCUCCACGUGGGAGGGCAUUCAGGCAGCGAGCGUACUGGAAAAGGAGCACAACAUUCACUGCAAUUUAACGUUGUUGUUUUCCUUCGCGCAAGCUGUCGCUUGUGCGGAGGCAGGGGUUACGCUCAUUUCUCCAUUUGUAGGCCGCAUCCUGGAUUGGUACGUGGCCAAUACCGAGCAGAAAGCAUUCGAACCCGAACAGGAUCCGGGUGUGAUCUCGGUGACCAAGAUCUACAAUUACUAUAAGAAGUUUGGUUACAAGACCGUCGUGAUGGGAGCAUCGUUUCGUAACGCCGGAGAAAUAAUGGCUCUAGCUGGAUGCGAUCUGCUUACUAUCAGUCCGAAAUUGCUCGGAGAUUUAGAGAAAAGUACGGAGCCUAUCAAGCGUUACCUCGACGCCGAAAAGGCCAAAUCGGUGAACCUUGAAAAAAUUCACUUGGAUGAGGCAACGUUCCGAUGGAUGUUGAACGAAGAUCAGAUGUCCACCGAUAAACUGUCCGACGGUAUUCGCAAGUUUGCCGCUGAUGGGCGCAAGUUGGAAACCAUGUUGCGCGGCUUGAUGCACGACGCUGAGUAGGAGGGGAAAGAUCAAAUCUUGCUUUUCGAUUACAGCUGUGUGCUUAAAAAGACAUUUUACAGUUUAUGGCGAUGGUUGAACAUAAUUGUACUUCUCUGUAAGGUUUACAGUUUUUAUGUUGUAUUUUUGAAAUUAAACCGAGUUCUACUGCUUUGAUAAAUAACA